ACAUUGUCCUAUAUACUGCAGAGCAUGCUCACAAGCUCUUAUGGUGUAAUGCCAAGCAACCUCGGGGCGCCACAAGUUCAACUUCUUAUGCAUCAGCUGAAUCAGUCCUACACUCAACUUACAUGGCAGCAAAACAAUGUUCAGAGGCUUAAGCAAAUGCUAAAUGAUAUUAUGCUGCAGCAACAGGAACACUUGCCUAAAGACAGCCAGCAGAGGACGGAGAGAGGAAAUAAUGCGCCACCACCACCUACAACCCCCAAUGUUUUUGCACCUUUCAGCUUUCUUCCUCCGCCUAUGAAUUACUUCAACAUGCAUGCAUUUCCUAAUAUUCCUAAUAUUUUACCAGGUAUGAACUUCAAUUCAGUCUAUCAAUCUGGAUUUAGAGAUUUCACAAAUAAUGUUACUUCCCAGCCUGAUACACCUCUACUGCCACAGGAUCAGAACACAUCUGGUAAAACUGAGUACAUGUCAUUCCCCAAACCCUUUGAAAGUAAUUCUUCAAAUGCCACAGAAACUCAAGGGAAUGUACCUAAACCAGCUGAUGGAAAUGAGAACAGAGACAUUUGUAUAGAAAACCAAAAUAAAGAUCAUGUUAAAAAACAUAUACCUUUUGAUUCUGGACAUGCUGCUUCUAGCAAUUCCUUAAAGCAGUCGGAUGGAACAAGAAGAGUAAAGCAGUUUGAUGAAGAAUCGUUAGAGAGUUUGAGCAGCAUGCCUGAUCCAGUGGAUCCCACAACAGUAACAAAAACUUUCAAGUCUCGUAAAGCAUCUGCUCAGGCUAGUUUGGCAUCAAAGGAUAAAACGCCAAAGACUAAAAACAAGAAGAGAAAGAUUUCUCAUCAGAAGCCCAAAGCAAUGAAGAAUACUG